AUGAGCCCCGGGCUGCUGCUGCUGCUCGGCAGCGCCGUCCUGGUCGCCUUCGGCCUCUGCUGCACCUUCGUGCACCGCGCUCGCAGCCGCUACGAGCACAUCCCCGGGCCGCCGCGGCCCAGUUUCCUCCUAGGACACCUGCCCUACUUUUGGAGGAAGGACGAGGCUUGCGGCCGCGUGCUCCAGGACGUGUUUCUGGACUGGGCUAAGAAGUAUGGGCCUGUGGUGCGGGUCAACGUCUUCCACAAAACCUCGGUCAUCGUCACGAGCCCCGAGUCGGUCAAGAAAUUCCUGAUGUCCACCAAGUACAAUAAGGACUCCAAGAUGUACCACGCCAUCCAGACGGUGUUUGGUGAGAGGCUGUUUGGCCAAGGCUUGGUGUCCGAGUGUGACUACGAGCGCUGGCACAAGCAGCGGAGGGUCAUGGACCUGGCCUUCAGCCGCAGCUCCCUGGUCAGCCUGAUGGAAACGUUCAACGAGAAGGCGGAGCAGCUGGUGGAGAUCCUGGAGGCCAAGGCGGACGGGCAGACGCCGGUGUCCAUGCAGGAGAUGCUGACCUGCACCACCAUGGACAUCCUGGCCAAGGCGGCCUUCGGGAUGGAGACGGGCAUGCUGCUGGGCGCCCAGAGGCCGCUGUCCGGGAAGGUGAAGCUGAUCCUGGAGGGCAUCACCGCAUCCCGCAACACCCUGGCCAAGUUCAUGCCCGGGAAGUGGAAGCAGCUGCAGGAGAUCCGGGAGAGCGUCCGCUUCCUGCGCCAGGUCGGCAGGGACUGGGUGCAGCGGCGCCGGGAGGCCCUGACGCGGGGCGAGGAGGUCCCCGCAGACAUCCUCACGCAGAUCCUCAAAGCCGAAGAGGGUGCCCAGGACGACGAGGUUCUGCUGGACAACUUCGUCACCUUCUUCAUCGCCGGUCACGAGACGUCGGCCAAUCACCUGGCGUUCACGGUGAUGGAGCUGUCACGCCAGCCCGAGAUCUUGGCCAGGCUACGGGCCGAGGUGGACGAGGUCAUCGGCUCCAAGCGGCACCUGGACUACGAGGACCUGGGGAGGCUGCAGUACCUGUCCCAGGUCCUCAAAGAGUCGCUGAGGCUGUACCCGCCGGCGUGGGGCACCUUCCGGCUGCUGGAGGAGGAGACCCUGAUUGACGGGGUCCGAGUCCCCGGCAACACCCCGCUCCUGUUCAGCACCUACGUCAUGGGCCGGAUGGACACGUACUUUGAGGACCCGCUGACCUUCAACCCAGACCGCUUCGGCCCCAAAGCACCCAAGCCGCGGUUCACCUACUUCCCCUUCUCGCUGGGCCCGCGCUCCUGCAUCGGGCAGCAGUUUGCUCAGAUGGAGGUGAAGGUGGUGAUGGCCAAGCUGCUGCAGAGGCUGGAGUUCCGGCUGGUGCCCGGGCAGCGGUUCGGGGUGCAGGAACAGGCCACGCUCAAGCCGCUGGACCCCGUGCUCUGCACCCUGCAGCCCCGCGGCUGGCAGCCUGCGCCCCCGCCCCCGCCCUGCUGA